CAUCCGAUACGGUACGAACCGAGUUGUUGGAUUCGUGGUACGAGUAUCGUGCGAGGACGUUCUGGUAACUCGUAGUCUUUUUUUGUAACAUUUUUCACCUUUACCGAACGACGACAACAUUUAGAGAGAUCGUAGACUUUCAAGGCACUACAAUCGCUCGGCAGUAGAGUAGCUUGAAAAUACUUUCGCCUUCUUAAAGUAAUCUGUAGUAUGAAUUCAAUGGUUUCUAAGCUAGUACUUGUUUCAUUGUGCUGUUGCGUGUUGACAUGCCAAUCGUUGACGGGGCCAGCAUCGAUGCGACAACAGCGACGGCAUCCCCGCAGAAAUGCACUAACAUACACUUCGUCGUCGACUUUGGGUAGCAGCACUACAGAAGAGGAAGAAGACGAAAACACAGUGGUCAGCAUCGAAAAUCCUAAGACCGGCCAAAUUGUGACCCUGAUCGGAACCGCACACAUGUCGGAAAAAUCCAACAACCAAGUCCAGAKGUUGAUCGAAAGCCUGCAACCGAAUGCUGUCAUGAUCGAAAUUGAUCCUUCCCGAUUGGAACGACUCGGAUUUGAUAGCGCCGAUGAAAUUCAAGUCAGGAAGGUUACUAAUUCGGAAGACAUCGAUUUGCCAAUUGCACCUCAAACAACGAGGGGUGGCUUUCUUGGAAUGGCCCAAAAGGUCUUUGUCGGUGCAUUCUCGCAAAUCGCACGGCUCCUGUUGACGAACAUGUACAAAUCCAUGGAAAACGAAAUGGACCAAAAGGCGGGGGGAGAAUUUCUUAGAGCGGUACAAUCAGCCGAAAACUGCACCGUUUGUGACACUGUCAUUCUGGGGGAUCGCAAUUCGGUAAAAACCAUCCAGCGUGUUGCUGAGUUGGCCAUCGAGAGCGGAGAUUUCAUGGGCGUCCUGGACCGACUGCAAGGCGUUAACAAGGAAGAAAUGGACAAACUAGAACCCCAAGUGAGGAAAGAACUUCUGCGCCGAAAGGGGCAAGAAGGCAACGAUGACUACGAAUUGGACGAGGUUGAACUUACUACUGCGAUGAUGGAAACUCUCAAAGAAGACAAACAGUUUCGAACACGUUUGUUUUCGAAACUCGAACAAGACGUUCCCGAAUUCACGCAGGCUUUCCUCAAGGAAAGAGACUAUUUGAUGAGCGAAUCGAUUCGGCGGGAAUUGGAGCUCAACCCCAAGGAAGUGAAGAACGUGGUCGGCGUAGUUGGAUUAGCGCACGUUCCAGGGAUGGAAAAGCACUUUCAAGCCGUCUUCUCCAACCGUCCUGCACCUCUGGUAGAGGAUUUAACCUGUAGUGAAGAAAGUAAAAGAAUUUAAAUUGUCGUCAUAAAUCCUCUUGUCGUGCCUUAUUGAAUCGUUUCCGAAACAACAAACACAAUACUAUCGGUUUAGGAUGUAUCAUCAGUACGUACCAUGUAGUUUACGCUUUCUUGCUUACGAGCAAACUGUACUGGUACGUUCCUGCAACGCACCGGUUUUCUGAAAAGAUCCCCGGUACGGCAGAACCGGGAAAGAUCACAUCGUAAAAGACGUACCGUAUCGUACUUGCGAGUAACUUGCCGUCUACUAUUGGUUCAUAAAACCAUGCCAUGGUUCUCAGUUCUCAUUGUGAAAGCACAGGGAAUCCCGAAUAACCGUGAAUAAUCUUGUAAUCACAUU